ACAGGCUCUGAAAGGUGGCCCGUGUCUCAAUCAGGGUCAAUACACCUUCCUUGGAUGAGGGAUAUUGAUCCAGUCGAGUCUGCCAAGGGGCUGGUGACCUUUGAGGAUGUGGCUGUGUAUUUCACAAAGGGCCAGUGGGAUCUGCUGGAUCCAGAGCAAAAAGCCUUGUAUAAGAUGGUCAUGAAGGAGAAUUAUGAGAACGUGGCCUCCUUGGUAGGCUUUCCAGUGGCUAAACCAGCACUGAUCUUCUGGCUCGAUCAAGGAGCAGAGCCUUGGGUUCAAGAUCUAGGAGAAAAAACGAUCAAAGCAGGUGACAAGAAGACAGUGAAGAAAAAAGCCACUUGCCUGCUGUGUGGGAAGACGGUCUCUUCCAAAUAUGCUCUUAUUGGACACAUGAGGACCCACACAGGGGAGAAACCUUACGAGUGCGCGGAGUGCAGGCGAAGAUUUGCGCUGAGGAAGAAUCUCACCUUGCAUCAGAAAACCCACCUGAAUGACGAAGCGCCAGGAGUUGCAUCACCUCAGCCAAGCGACCUUGGAGGGAUAAUCAAGGUUGAAAUGGUGGAAGACCCAGAUGAACGAGAUCUGAUGGACGACUUCGCUCUUUCCCUGUAUCCCCCAAUAGAAGCAUGGUCUCCAAACCUACAUCAAGAUGGCUGUGGAAGGGAACCAGGUGCAGCAGGGACACUAAAAAAGACUUUGGGCCCGCGAUCAAUUCAGAAGUCGUGGUUUUCCCAGUUUCCGUGGCUGGAGGCGGACAAAGGGCAGACCACUCUGUACUGCGUGGUCUGCAAGGAAAAGCCGCCCACUCAUGGUCCCGUGUCCAAGCUCGUAACAGGAUACACUGGACCAUUCAAAGUGGAGACUCUCAAACACCACGACAAGAGCAACGCCCAUAACCUUUGCGUCCGUGCAUUGACAGCUAAGGAAGACCCCGACAGUGCCCCAGCGGCCGAGCGCAUGACAAAGAUGUCCAGCUACGUGCUGAAAAAUAUGGAGCACCUUUUCAGCGCAGCUUAUGACAUUGCGUACCAUUCAAAGCCGUUGAAUGAUUAUGAAAAGGCAUUGGAUCUCUUGCAAGUCAUGGGAGCCCCUAUCAUCCCCAGGUACAGGAAUAGAGUGGCGUGCACUCUUUUCAUCAAGUGCAUUGCGGACACGCUGAGGAAGGAAAUACUCAGUGACAUACGCCAGUCCCCCUGCAUAUGCAUUCUGCUGGAUGGCUUCAUGGAUUCCUCAGAUCAGUCGUGCGUCGCAAUUUACAUCAGGUAUAUAAAAGCAUCGGAAGUGAAGGAAUCCUACAUCUGCUUGGCAUCGCUGCCCAGCGAAAUAGCCGACGCCUGUUUCACCGCGACCAUUUCAGCCUUGGAUGAACUGCAAAUCCCAUUUCGGAAGCCGGGGUGGGUGGGACGUUGA